UGGGGUUUUUUAAUGAGGACUGCUUAAUCACAGAGCGGUCAAGGCUGCGGAGGGGUGUUACACUGUGACCCAGCCUUAUAAGAGCUGGUUUGAGCAGCCAUGGGCUGGCAGAGCUGGGAGGACAGGGAGAAUCCAGCCUGUGACGGAGAGUUUGGGAGGGAUUUUAUGCCUCUCUCUCAUCUGCUGUAGCAGGAGCUGAGUUUUGCUGAGGAUCCAGCCACCCAGCUCAGCUAUGAGCACCAGCGGCAUGGACGUGGACUGGGAGAGGUGCCAGUGCCACAGCGAGGACAAGCGCACCGCCAUCCUCUACACCCUCCUCAGCCAGAACCUCAACCACAGUUGGGGCAGCUGCAGCCCAGCCCACCAGCGCUGCCUCUGCCACCAGCGCCGCACCGUCUGCCUCCGCACACCCCACGUCACCUGCCAGGCAGCCUCCAAUGUGCUGGUAAAAACCAUCAGCUUUAUCAAAAACCUCCCUUCCUUCCACCUCCUGCCACGAGAGGAUCAACUCCUGCUGCUGGACAGCUGCUGGGUCCCCCUUUUCCUCCUGGGGCUGGUUCAGGAGAUGGUGACCUUCGAGGUGAUGGAGACCCCAGCCCCCAGCAUGCUCAAGAAGAUCCUCCUCAACGGCCAAAGCAAGCGGCAGGAGCCCGAGCGGACGCAGCCCACGCUGGCCGCUGUGCAGCGGCUGCAGUGCUGCCUCAACACCUUCUGGAGCCUGGACCUGAGCCCCAAGGAAUACGCCUACCUGAAGGGAGCCAUUCUCUUCAAUCCCGAUGUCCCAGGGCUGAGGGCCUCCCUGUACAUUGAGAGCCUCCAGCGAGAAGCCCAGAGAGCACUUCAGGAGGUCCUGCAGCCCCUGCACCCAGAGGACCAAGGCCGCUUUGCCCGCAUUUUGCUGAUCGCCUCCACCUUAAAAUCGAUCCCUCCCACCCUCAUCACAGAUCUCUUCUUCCGACCUGUUAUCGGCAACGCGGACAUCGUUGAGCUCAUCGCGGAAAUGCUGUACGAAAUAACCGGCAGGCAGCUGGCUCUCGUGGCACGCGUGGCGUGCUGAGCAGCCCUGCUUGGCCGCUGGCUCCGUGGAUGCUCCCCACACCUCGCCGAGCUGCAAAGUGAACUUGGGAGCAGGGAUUUAGCAAGAGAAGCGCUCUGGACUGUGCAGGGAACUGCAGGUUUCGUUAGGGCUGAGGCUGGAGGAUUCAGCCAGGCUGCCGCGGAGCGCACAGAGGAGCAGGUGUGGUUCAGCAGGUGUUUAUAGCAGCUCCUACUCCAGCUGUGCCGGUCUCCAUUGCAGGGAGCGCAAGUGCGGGGUUUCUUUCCCUGUUCCCAGCUGGAGUGGCUCAGCCACCUGCAAAGAGAGCACAGAGCAGGUCGGGUUAGAGCCUGGUCCCGGUUUUUGCUCAAUGAAUCCUUGGUCCCCUUGAAAUCAAUGUGCAUUUUGCUGUUAACUCCAAGCGAUGGGGUUUGUCCUCAAGUAACAGCUUGAUUCUGUGGUGUUUAGACACAGUGAAUACCAUGUUUUUGGUGGGAUCGCUUACCGGGUGCAAACGUUAUGGAAUUAGGUGUGAGUGAAAUCUUGGUCUGUCUGUUGUGCUUGAAAUCUUAGAAAUGUUCAUGAAAGAGCUUCCUAAGGCAUCAAGAGGGAAAAGCCAGAGUAUUAAAUCUUACAGGGUGUGCAGAUUCACCCCUCUUUCUUAGAUUUUAUCUUUUCUCCAUAAUGCCAUGAAAUAAAACAGGACUGCUCACAGAGGAAUGGGUUACCUAAGAGCACCUAAACCUACUGCACAUCAUUUUGGGCUGCGGGCUUACCUCCAUUUGUGCGAUAGUAAGUGAACCCUGAGCUGCAUGCGCUGCAGAGACAAGCGGAGCUGGUUUAGUGGUAGAAGGAAACAUCCCCCUGGAGUUCCAGCCGGGUGUGCACACAGCACGCCUGGAAAGCUUGCUUCUCCUGCCUGCAGCUUCUGCAACAAGUUAGAUGUCAGUAUUUUAUAAGUGAACGUUCUUGCAGUUUGUACAUAAGAUGCAGUAAAUUAUUUUUUUUAAUAAAAUGUUUUACAUUUUGGAA